AUACAAACUUGAUUCACUAGAGGGGAGGAGCCAACGCUUUACUUUCUUUAUAAACCUAUAGACAAAUAUCUUCGAAAAGUUUAUGUACGUGAAUUCUUACUUAACUUCGGAUUUUACUAUUAUCUGUGAUACUAUAUAAGCGUUUGUAUAAUAUGAUAUACCAGCUCUUAAAUAGUCUUAUAAACUGACAAAAUUAACGUUAUAAAAUUAGGAAAAGAUUUAGAAAUAAAAGUAAAAUAAUGUUUUCUCAAUCGUAAGUUAAAACAUUAACAAUAAAUACUGCUAAGUUAGUAUAUAACAGAAAACAGACAUAGCUGUUCGUCUGUUUAUAAAUUAAAAAGAAAAAAGUGAACUUGACAGAAUAUCGACAACAAUACUGAUAAUUGGUUGAAAAUGAACUGCAAUUCUAUUUGAUUGAUGAAAAUCAAGUUUGUCUAUUUCAAGUGCAGUAGCAGACGAUUUGUUUUAUGAUGAAGCAGACGACAGAGUGAUCUAUUUGAUUGGAAUGUUUGUCUAUAACUUGUAAUUGAGUAAUUAAUGUUAAAUUGAAAACGAGUAUAUUUUUUCUAACCAGACGUGUGAAAAAUACGAUAAACUGUUUAUUUUCUCUCAAAAUGUAUUUGUACUGUAACAAAACACUGGUUUCACUGAGUGCGCUGCAUUCUGAAAAUUAUAAGAAACUUCAAUUUGAAACUGUUUGUGGCUUAUUUGUAAUUUUGUGAAGGAAUUACGUCUUUCAAUUUUGAAAAUAAUUAAGCAAGGCAGGACAGUAUACUGACAUUUUCAAAAUGAAGAUGGAAUUUUAAUACUUAAUUUCUGGAGUACAUUGAUUCAUCAACGCACACAGAUGGAUAUUACAGAAAUAUUGCACGUGCUAAUGGGAAGCUGACACAUGACAAGACAUUGACUAUCACGUGCCAUCUAUGAAAUGAUGAACAAAUUUGUGAUACCAGUUAUUAUAUUACUAACAAUUAUGUGUGUUUUGGUAGAUUGUGGCUGUGUGUUUCAAGGCGAAGUCCAUCCAGUCGGAGAAACUUGGCAUCCAGAAACAUUUGGAACAUGUGUUAAUUGUACUUGUGAAAUAAACGAGCGGGGUGAGUCGGAUGUAAGGUGUAUAAACACGGCAGAUAAAUGUCCCAAGCUUACCUGCGCAAAGACGAAGAAAGACCCACACAGUUGUUGCCCUUAUUGUGAAGAUAUUCCCAACAUUCCUCCUGCAGUGAGUGCGAACGAAGACGAAAGUAACUCCUACAAAAGAGCAAACUGCACUGGACCAGGCGGAAGAAUAUACAGAGACGGUGAACGCUACGCCUCGAAUUCGACCGGACUUGUUCCAACAACAGAGAAGCAAUGUGUUCUUUGUAUAUGCCAGGACGGAACACCACUUUGCUAUUUGAAAACGUGCUUGGUACCGAAAACAUGUUCCAAAUUGGUCCAGAAAGACGACGACUGUUGUCCCGUGUGUGCAGAUAUUUCCGACGCGACUGAAAAGGAUGAGGAUGAUUGCUUAGAUACGAGUGGAAUAAAGCCGAACGGUAGCCAAUGGCAUCCGACGGUAGAAUCCGUCGGCGAGAUUGAUUGUAUAACCUGUACAUGUUUGAAUGGAGAAAUAAAAUGCCAGAAAGACUGUUUACCCGACCACGAGCUACCCUGUCGGCAUCCUAAGAAACCCAACGGAGCAUGUUGUAAAACUUGCCCUGAAAAGAAAAAGAAGCGCAAGGGGAAAAAAGGACGCAAAGGACGCAAAAACCGAAAAGACAAGAAAAAAAGAUGUAAAGGCAAGAAUAAAGACAAAAAGAAGUGUAAAAAUCGACGGCGGCGGAGAAAGGAAAGAACUACUACACAGACGGUGAAACCGACGGCAGUCGUCGGUAUUUCCUUAGAAAAUCUGUGCAUAAGAAAAAAGACAGUAUAUUUAGUAUAUAAAUCCAUAACAGAUACUGAAUUGCUUAUUGCAUUUGACGAUAUAAAAGCGAAUACGGUGGAUGUUCAUACAUGGACGGUAAAUAAAGAAAACCAGCGAGGGGUGAUAACCUAUACAGAGCCAAAAGUGAUUGCGUCUACAGAUUUUCGCAAAACAAUUAAUAACACAAAUGUCGUAGGGACUGCUGGAAAAUCACAAUACAGAAAGUUCAAACGACGCUUAAAAGACAAGCUAGAGAAAUGCCGAGAGGACUGUGAUCCAGAACUAUUCAUAAAAAUAAUACAGAGGGUCAAAGUUCGCUUAUUGAAGUUUGGGGACGAGUGCUAAGAAAUCUAAUUUAAAGAAAGAAAAACCUUUCAGUCGAAAGAUUUCAAUUCUCUGUUGUGCGUACAAUAAUGUACAAUAUAUAAUAUUUCUUUUGUGUUGUGAUACGUCCUUUUCUGGGCAUGUACUUGAAUGAUUUGGAUAUUGCGUGAUAUAACAGCCGUUAUAUCUUAUUAUGGAAUAAUUCUGAAAUGGCAGAGUGGAGUGUCAGAGUCUUGCAGUAAAACUAACUAUUGGUGUUGAAACAGUUUACGUUAAGGGCGAUAGUGAAAUAGUGAAGGUGAAAAUAGGUGCUCACUGUUAUAUUUAACAAUAAGAUAAAGUCUACACGCUACUUAAUAGUGAAACUUUUUACCGAAGCUGCUUUGAAACUAAAUGUGUGAACAAUUACCGUGCUUAUUUUGAAACUGUGAGUGAGGCCUGUUUAAGAAAUAAUGAUGGAUGUUCUUUUUGUAUUGAAACUAUUGUAGCUUUGGAAGAGAUAACACUGUUUUUCUUUCCACUAAAGAAAAGUGCUUUAUGCUAAUUUUGCUUAGCAUAGAUUUAAUGUUUAAUUCUAUGAUGCCAGCAGCUUAAUUGUCAUGCAGUAAAUUGUAAUUGGUGUAAAAUUUUGUUCUCAUGUUUUCAUGUUUAUAGAUAUGUAUGAAUAACGAAUAAUAUUUGUAUAUUACAAGGCCAGUUUAAAUAGACUUCUGGCUUUUACAUAUCGUGAUGCAUUGUUCCGCUUUUAAUUGUCAGUCAGUCUGUUGAAAUAUGAUUUGGUUUUCGAUCAAUAACUAGGAACGUUUAAACCUUCACCAAUAAGACUUUAAAGAAUAGUUGUAUCUGGUCGACAGGUAAUCCCUACUGUUCUAAGGGUACGUAGGCCAAAGGUCUCGGUGAUCCGAAAACUCGAACGGUUUUCGAUCAAUAACUGCAUAACGCCUGCGCCUUUAAAGAAUGAUUGCCUACCUUUGCUUUUUAGGGUCAGUAGUACAAGAUCAAGUUCACUUUGACUGAAAACGGUUUCUGGUCAAUAUCUGGCGUACGCUUGGGCCUACGGCCUUCAGAUUUCAUUGAAUGGUGCAUGUAAUCAUAUUAUUGUAGGGGCUUGUAAAAACUUCAAGGAUAUUGUGACCUCGAAACUGAAAAUGGUUCCAGAUUGAUAACUGGAGAACUCUCAUGCCCACGACAUCUAACUUAAAAGAAUUUUUUCGUCUAUAGUCCAUAAAUGACUCCUAGUUCACAGUAAAGGUCACAUUACACUUGAGACUGAAAACUACACAAACACACCCAAUAAUCUCCGAUAGGCCGUCUUGGGGGACAUACGAGUUUUUCAAAUAUCUUUUUUCUUUUACUGUUUCUUGUUUCUGAGUAGAAUUUACAUGUUGCUUCUCACAACAUAGUUCAAGGUCUAGCCGUACUUCUAUAUGAAAUAUUAAACUUGCACAUAGCCUCUGUUGUUGAUAAUUUGUUUGUGACUUGUUUGUAAUUAUUUAUUUGACUGUCUAUUUACAUUCUUCAGUGUAAAGGGUAUUCUGAGUUUUCCACAUGGAAGAGAAUGGUCAUGACCAUGGAUUACAAAAUCAGCAGACGUAAACAUUGGUCAUUUUUAGUUGUUUUUUUUUUAUUGUGAAAUAUACAGCAAGAUUGCUAAUAAGUACGUAUUUGUAUCCGAAUUAAAAGUGGUUAUUCGGAUUUUGUUCGUGUAAUAGUUCUGUUUGAAACUUUUGAUUUUCACUUAUUCACUGAGCACAUGAUACUUGUUAUGGAUAUCCAUUGAAGUAUUCUUACAGAAAAACAUGUCCGACCAAGAUAUAUAGUUUUAAAUAUAGCAAACACUGUAAUUUAUGUUCUUUGCCUAGGGAGCGGUAUGAAUACAAGAACAUUUUUAUAAUAUUUGUUGAAAGUUUGUUUUGAAAAUAAUAUACAGCAGUAAUAUAACCAAAACAGGAGUUCAUGAAAUUACAAUUACCUCCCUUUGUCUUUUUUUUUGGUUGUUCACCCAAGACGACUGAAACCAAAUUCAGAAACAGUAAGCAGGUAAUUCUUUUAAAUGAACAAAAAUACAGUUUUGCAAAGGGAGAAACAAUAUAUUUAUAACAUCAGUGAUUUCUUAUCAGUAUAUUGAUCUAUGUAACAGCCAUUUUGCUGAAUAAAUCUUAAACAGAUGAUAUGAAAAAUGAAAAAAGUUAUACAAUGCAUCUGACUUCCUGUUCAAUUCUGAUGCAAAUCAGCCUAUAUAUCACCCUUCGCAAGAAGAUAUACUAACAAAUACACGAGAUGAGGCUGCUGGAGCUUCUAGUGAUGCUAUCUGUUUGAAUGAGUCUAGACAAAAUGGGUUUUAACUGACAUGUUUUAAUGUGCUAUGCCUAUCAUUUUAUUUUUGUUGUUUUUUUUUUUGCCAGAAAUGCAUAUUGUACAUAAGAUAUUGUGUUAUAAUUGUUAUUUAUUUCCUUUUGGCUUUUAAUAAACGGUUAUUUACACAA